AUGCCUCACGUACGGUCGCCUCCGAAGACGAGCAAGGCGUGUGGAACGUGCCAUCAGAGGAAGGUUCGGUGUGACUUGUCGUCGACGGGAAACACACACGCAUCGUGCUCGAACUGUAGGGACGCCGGCGUCGAGUGUAAACCACACAUCAGAAAACGAAAACGCGAUCGCUUGAGCCAUAACGCCUCGGCGAUUGUGGCCGACACCAUUGGAGACGGAGAUACAGAGACUGAGAUCGAAACUGCUGUCCACGCCGUAGAGCAAGGACGGCCACAAAGGACAGUGAGCAGGCCUACGGCAGCUUCGAGGAUUGAAGAAAUCUCGUUCCUAAAUGAUCAAAGGGGUCGAUCUUCGGAGAAUUCCACGUCGCCGAGCAAGCGAACUGCUCAACAAAAGGCUAACCAUCGCAAACGGCAGAAAUCCAGCCAUGCCAGCCAUGCUGACGCAUACGAGCACGAAUGUCGCCCUAGCAGAGAGCAGCAGGCCAGUUUCUUGGGGCGAUCCGACUAUGUUUCUGCUCACAUCGCAAUCGACGAGGGCGACGCAACUCAAUACCGAAGUCUCGGAUCUGCAACCAGGGUGGUGCAGGAUCUCGAGGCUUGCAUUCUCAGUGACCUUGCACUUGUCGAACCGCCCCAGGGAAUGCUUCGACAAACCUUCAUCCGCAAUUUCAUGCAGCGGUGCCGUCCAUGGACGCCGCUGAUUGAAGAAUCGGACCUUGCAAAGCUCGAUUUGAAGAAUGUCAACUGCCUUUUGACUACCUCGAUGCUUGUCGCAGGAAGUGUUGUGUCAACAGCCCCCCAGGCAAUAGAAGUUGGCCAUCGGUGCUACCAGCGUGCUAAAGUUCUGUUCUAUACUGGUGCGGAGAAAAACGAUAUUCGUGUGGUCAUGGCAACAAUCUUGCUCCAGUGGCUCAACCCCAGUGGACCGGAGCACGUUUCAAUAGACAGUAGCAGUUUCUGGCUAAGGCUCAGUGUGGGACUUGCUCACCAACUUGGAUUACAUCGAGAACCAAACCCGCGGGGAGCAGAUGCUGGCCUGCGAAGACGAAUAUGGUGGACUUUGGUGUCUCGUGACAAUCAAAUUGCUACUAGCCAUGGUCGCCCAAGAGCACUCAAUUCUAAUGACACAAACGUCCGGCCUCUCUGCAUCGAGGACUUCACAGAGCGCGACGACGACGCCCACCUUUUUAUGCAUUUUGUCCGCAUCACCUCUAUUUUGGGAGAUCUCACUGAGCUCUGUCGACGGGGGACUCUGUCAGACAACAAAAGGAUGCACAUUGAAGACUCCCUGCUGAGAUGGGUGAACGACGUGCCAGCCGCGUUUAAACUUCAUCAUCCUUUGACGGGAGAACCAUAUUCCUAUAAGUCAAAGGCUUUGCAGCUCCACCUACCAUAUUUUUCUGCCUUGAUAAUUCUCUUCCGGCAAAAGAACAGUGAUCAAGCACCAUCAACGGCAAGUCUUCUUGCAGCUUCAUUUAUCUCAGGGAUCUUCGAGGAAUUCCUAACGUGGGAAGAUAUCGCGUUUCUCGCCCCAACCAGUAUAUUUUACCUGAUGAUUGCCGCUCUGGUACAACUUUCGUCGCACCGAUUCGAGUCCCUGGCCGAGUCAGAAGCCGUGGAAAUCGAGAUCAUCAGGCUCUCACUGACUGAAUUGAAAAAGAGAUUUCCCACCGCUGUUGGCGCAGAAAGAGUCCUCAACCAAGUCAUCAAGCUUUCCGGAGACAAGCCCAAAUCAGUCAGAGAUACUGAUCUCGUCCUCCCAAUCGAACAGCAUCACUUUUUCUUGCCAUUUGGCUCAAAGCUAUGUCGCAAGUGGUCCUCUGUGUUUGAGAACGAAAACAUGGGACUUUCCAGGGGAGGCGCGUCUCAGCCACCAAUAACUCCGUUGUCACUAUCAGUUCCGCAGCCUAGAGCCGCCUAUAUGGCUAAUUUUGACAGGGAUGGACAAGAACAGCUUCCCACUGACAUGGGAAUCAAUACGACAUGGCCAAUCGACAACGUACAAUUCGAUCUAUCAUCUGAUCCACUGAUAAAUCCGGCCUCGCUUGAUGUGGCUGGCAGGUGGUGGUGGCCGGAUUGGAUAUCGGACCUGGAAGUGCAAAGUAUUGGAAUAUAA